AUGCGCCCCUCUGUGGUUAAUACAGGUGUAUGCACUCACUGCGCACACACUACGAGGGCCCGCCAAACAUUCAUACACUCUAGUAGCCACAUGACAGGCCUACUAGCUAGCUAGCUAGCGUUGAGUUGCAACCAUGUUCGUAGCGCGUAGUAUUGCAGCUGAUCAUAAAGAUCUAAUCCACGAUGUGUCGUAUGAUUUUCACGGGCGGAGAAUGGCGACUUGCUCCAGUGACCAAAGUGUUAAAGUUUGGGACAAAAGUGAAAAUGGAGAGUGGCACUGUACAGCCAGCUGGAAGACACACAGUGGAUCAGUGUGGAGAGUGACCUGGGCUCAUCCAGAAUUUGGGCAGGUUCUAGCUUCCUGCUCCUUUGACAGGACAGCUGCUGUCUGGGAAGAGAUUGUAGGGGAGUCCAAUGACAAACAAAGAGGACUGAGCCACUGGAUCAAAAGAACCACACUAGUGGACAGUAGAACAUCAGUGACUGAUGUGAAGUUUGCCCCAAAACACAUGGGACUGAUGUUGACCACUUGCUCUGCGGACGGAGUGGUGAGGAUUUAUGAGGCUCCUGAUGUGAUGAACUUGAGUCAGUGGUCCCUGCAGCAUGAGAUCUCCUGCAAGCUCAGCUGCAGCUGCAUCUCCUGGAAUCCCUCCAGCUCGCGUGCCCAUCCACCUAUGUUUGCAGUAGGAAGUGAUGACAGCAACGUAGCGUACGGUGGGAAAGUUCAGAUUUAUGAGUACAAUGAAAACACAAGGAAAUAUGCUAAAGCAGAGACACUGAUGACUGUCAGUGAUGCAGUCCAUGACAUUGCAUUUGCUCCAAACCUGGGAAGAUCUUUCCAUGUUCUCGCCAUUGCCACUAAAGACGUCCGAAUCUUUAAGCUCAUUCCAAUGAGGAAGGAGAGCUCUUCUACGGGACCCAGCAAGUUUGAGGUGCAGAUUGUGGCUCAGUUUGACAACCAUAACUCCCAGGUGUGGCGUGUGAGCUGGAACAUCACCAGCACCCUGCUAGCCUCCUCCGGGGAUGAUGGCUGUGUGCGCCUCUGGAAAGCCAACUACAUGGGCAACUGGAAAUGCACAGGCAUCCUGAAGGGAGACGGCAGCCCACUCACUGGUUCAUCUAGUCAGCCCACUGCCAUGAGCACUGUGGUGGGCUCUUCUGUUCAGAGCUCCCAGAACGCACUGAACGGGAUGUCUGCAGGAAGGAUGGCAGCUGCACACUGACAAACCCCUGGACCUGUACUGACCCAGUACUGCACUCAUGCAAAGAGCUUGGCUUCCAGCAUACAGGUUGUUGGCAUCAAGCCUGUGGAGCCCAGUGUGUUGUGGUGUUUUGUUAAAGAAGCGAUUUCCUCUUGAUUUGUACUGGCACAUGUUCCAAGAAUGUUCGCACGCUGCAUUGUCAGUGUUGAGGCUAACCAUUUUCUUGGUAUAGAAGUUAGAAUAAACCUGUUUAUAUAAAUUUGAUAUUUGACUUGUUUUGAGUUAUUUUUUGGACAUACAGCAGAACUGUCAUGUAGUGACAUUAACAGCAUUUUGUAAAUGUGUAAGGCUACAACAUCUUAGCAUCCAUUGUAUUCAUAUCAGUUUAUUUAAAUUGAAGCUCAGUUUUUUCAACAAAUUAAAUUUAUUUUUACUUUUCACUCUCAUUUUGAGGUAAAUAUUGCCAAACUCUUUGCUGAGCAGGAUAGCUUGAAUGAACCUUAUUAACCAACUGUAGUAACAUCAGAAAAUAGUAUAAAUGCAUCCACUGUGGGCAUGAAUGUUGCCAUUGGCAGCUUUCAAGUGAGACUGUGUAACUUUUGAAAGCCAAGAUAGCACAUUCUUCUUUUUACAAAUAACAUUUUAAAUUUGUAAGCAAUAAAAUGCACACUUUGUUGAUAUAUCCUUACUUUGGCAGGUGUAACCAGUAGGUUAUGGUGGUUAGCAUUGGCAAGCAUUAUGUAGACAUUUCUGAGUCUUCUACUUAUACCAUGUUUUAGCCCUUGCCAUUGUCAUCCAUAACCACAGUAGUCACUAUUCCACAAUGGUUGCUUAGGCUCACUUUAAAAUUUAUAUUAUGAAUGAGCAAAUUUGACAGUUUGAUGUAAUAUUAACUGCUAUUAACACUGCCAGUAAAUGAAUGAUGUUUGAGCAACACAGAUUUUGUCUGAGUUUGUAUGUGGCUGUGUUUAUGAUUAACUUAAUAACCUGUUACUUAACAAAACCUUUUUAUUUACCAUUCAUGCUGUUUUUGACUUGAGUCACCUCUAAUCUGAGUAUUGUCCGAUAUAUGUAGUGUUUGACAUUCUAUGUUAUAGAAUACCUAAAUUUUCAACUAAAUUACAUUUUUGUAAUGCAGGUUGUAAAAUGUUCACAUAAAGGUUUUUUUUUUAUUCCACCUUCUUCACAAUGCUGAGUGUGAUGGCAUUUGUUAAAGUAAUGUGCUAUUGUACUACUUGUUGCAUGCAGGAUUGGCAAGAGAGCGCCCUUUGCCCCUCCCAUGCGGCAUGUGAUUUCUCCAAAGAUACACCAGCAUGCUGCAAAUUACUAAUGUCUCCUGCACCAAUUACCAUUUGUCCAUGUGUUGUGUUUGAAAUGUGUCUGUCAUUGUAUCGUUUUGGCAAGAAAACUCCAUGGCUGUUUUAUUCCACUUUUUUUGAAUUGCAAGAUAUUGUUUGCCAGUGAGCAACCUUAAAAAAAAAAAAAAAAACCUCUAUCAGUACUCUGCCAUCUUCUCCCUUUUGUUUCUAGGGCAUCUUUUCUCCUUUAAUUUCUCAUUUCUGCUUCCUUUUAUGUUUCCUCUCUGUAUUCCUUUGUCAUUGUUCUCUUUCUGUCCACAUAUUUGUUGUGUUUGUCUCUUUUUUUUUUAUUUUUAUUUUUUUAAUUGCUUCAGGUAUUACUUUCCACCUCUGGAUCCUCCCAGAGCAGGGACUAGGUAUGGUCACCUGCUGCCUCCCUCCUCCCUCAUAGAGCAC